UGUGUGUGUGUGUGUGUUUGUGUGAUUGCUCGCCCGUCGACGACGACUCGCGACGCGACGUACGGAGGACCCGAGACCACACUCGACGCCGCCGCCGCCGCACGCACUCGACACCCGCCGCUGCCGCCGACAUUGAUUCGAUCAUCGGGUGCGCUUGUCUCCUCGCCGUCUCGUUGGUGUUCCGCGUCGUCGUCCCGGGCCGCUGCUUUUCGUCUAGACGCCGCGGACCUUAGCCACGGUGGUUAGCUGCCCCGCAAGCGACGUCACCGACGCCGCCGCCGCCUCGUUGUCCGCUCCUCGCACGCCGAACACAAAGGACAUGUCUUGUCAAUUUCAAUGCAUUUAAAUUUUCACUAGACAACUAAAAUAUUGCUAUAGUUAUACUAAGUCCAUACAGUUAUGUUGGAAGCUAGAUUGUUAGCUGCCGAUCGGGAAUCAGCUACUUGGCAAGGCAAGUCAGCAGCAAAUAACAUACGCCCUCCGCCACACACACCUCAUCAUCAUCACAUGUCCGCCAUGAGACCAGUAAAUAAAUCCAACCAAGAAGAUAACUGUUAUGUUGUGGCUAAAUACGACUAUGUAGCGCAAAGUGCUCAAGAAUUAGAUUUACGAAAAAAUGAUCGAUAUUUAUUAUUGGAUGAUUCAAAACAUUGGUGGAGAGUUCAAAAUGCUCGUGGAUUUUCAGGUUAUGUGCCAAGCAACUAUGUGAAGAAAGAAAAACCUUCUCUCUUUGAUAGCAUAAAGAAAAAGGUGAAAAAAAGUGGAAGUAACUCAAGCACUGGUAGCAAAACAUUACCAUGCAGUAGUCAUGGCAAUGGCCGUACUGUAAGUGAAUCUCCUACAAUGGCCAGACGUUUACCAGCUGAUCCAUCUGAAGCAAUUGGUACAGCUUUAGUAAAGUACAACUACCAAGCUCAACAACCUGACGAAUUAUCUUUAAUCAAAGGAACAAGAAUAUUAAUUCUUGAAAAGAGCAAUGAUGGUUGGUGGAGAGGUCAAAGUGGUUGUAUGGCCGGUUGGUUUCCGAGUAAUUAUACCACUCAAGAAGACGACAAUAAUGGAGAUGACAUGGGCCUCCACACAUAUGCAAUGGCUGAGAAUGUGUUGGACAUUGUUGUUGCCUUAUAUCCAUUCACAGGUACAUCUGACCAGGAAUUAAGUUUUGAGAAAGGUGACCGCCUGGAAAUUUUGGAAAGACCUGCUGCUGAUCCAGAAUGGUAUAGAGCUAGAAAUGGCCAAGGCCAAAUUGGCUUAGUACCGAAGAAUUAUUUACAGGAACUCAGCGAAUAUUUAGCCCAACCAUUAACUCAAGCAGCCAGUAGUGUAAAAGUUAUUGAUAAACCACAUUUGGUGGGAAAACCAUGGUACUAUGGAACAAUAACUCGAGCUCAAUGUGAUACAGUAUUGAACAACAAUGGGCAAGAUGGUGAUUUCUUAGUUAGAGACAGCGAGACUAAUGUAGGAGAUUAUUCAGUGUCUUUAAAAGCACCAGGACGUAAUAAACAUUUCCGAGUGCAUGUUGAAGGAGCAUUGUAUUGUAUUGGUCAACGCAAGUUUCACACUCUUGAUCAACUUGUAGAUCAUUAUCAAAGAGCUCCGAUAUAUACCAAUAAGCAAGGAGAAAAGUUGUUUUUAGUCAGAGCAUUGCCUCGAGCAAAUGCAUAAUGAUUAAAUCAUUGAACAAUGAAAACCGUAAAACAAAUUGGUGUGAAUUUAUAUCAAGAAAAGUUAUAAUUUAAUGGUAUCACAUAGAAGUGAACUCCCCAUAAAGUAAUAAGAAAUCAAUCAUCCCAAAUGUGUUAAAUAUCAAUUAUUAGAACCAUUCAAUAGACUAGUCAUUUAAUAAGUUCUCCCAAAUUAUUUUAUAAAUUUGUUAUCUUUUUCUUUUUUCUUAAACAUUUGUUU